AUGAGGGUGUUCGCCGCCAAGCAAGAUCAGCCUUUCCGCACCAAGGACCCUGCCCAGUCGCUGAUUCCCCAGUUCACUCGUGAGCGCGAGAGGGCUGUCGGCCGCCUCGCCACGCUGGGCCUGGCCUUCUCCUGGGUUGGCGAGACUCUGACGGGUUAUGGUCCCAUCACCCAGCUCUCCAACGAGACUGGUGUGCCCGUUGUGUGGGGCUAUGGCGUCACCCUAACCCUAAUCGCCAUCCAGCUGUUCUUCGGCCUCAACUCUGGCACUCCCACCUACAGCGACGAGAACCAGCGUGAUGUUGCCAAGCGUAGCAAGGGCCUGACUGGCAUUACCCAGAUUGAGCCUGAUGUGGACCGUGUGAUUGACCCCACCAAGGACCCUGGCCAGUUCUUCCUGCGCCUGGAGCUUGCCCAGGGCCGUACCGCCAUGCUGGUGUUCCUCACCACUGCCAUCCUGGAGUUUGCCAACGGUGGCAUGUCCCCCCUGGGUCAGGCAGGCAUCAUUCCCACGGGCGUGCCCUUCAGCCAGGCUCCCAUCUGGCUGAUCGCCCUCACCAUCCUCAACUUUGUUGGUGGUAUCGGCACUUUUUCCCUGUUCGACCAGAACAAGGAUUCUGCUGCCUACUGA